CAACGUGACUUCCACUGGAGUAACACAAUAUGUCACCACAGAUGGCAACAUGGCAGUGCUUUGAGAGGAACAGAAUAUGACAUCAACACAAGCUGCAAUGAAGCCUACGGUGCAGUGACCUCAAAUGGAGAAAGAGAGUCUGGUCAUGUCACCACACACAGCAAUGAGGCAUACUGUGCUACCAGAAGAACUUAACCUGGAACAAGAAACAACGAAGCAUACUUUGGAGUG